AGUAGAAUUCUAUCCACUGUAUGUCUACCUUUGUAAGAUGCACCCAGCAGAGCAGACACCUAGGUGUACAGACUUUAUUUUCAACAGAGGACUUCUGCUGCUCUUUUUCCAGUUCCAGUUCAUUGUAUCUUGCCCAAAAAGCUGCCAGUGCUCUGACAACAGUGGUUCCAUGGUGGUCCAAUGUAGUUCCAGAAACCUGGAGGAAAUACCGAUUGACCUUCCCAUGGACACAGUUUCCUUAAAGCUUGAUGCAAACAAGAUUCAGUCAGUACCCAAUAAUGCAUUUAAGGACUUGACUUAUCUCCAAGAGCUGGAUCUUUCAAGAAACUCCAUUGAGAAAAUUGAACUGUCUGCUUUCAAAGGAGUUACAGAUGGGUUAAGGCUGCUGGAUUUGUCUGGAAAUCAGAUUCAAAGUAUCCCCAAAGAAGCACUGGCCAAUUUAAAAGGCAAGAUCCGCCUGUCUAGUAAUCCUUUACGUUGUGACUGCUCUCUUCAGGAGAUGCUAAGGGAACUGAACUUGGACCCGGACACAGUUAAUGACAUUGCCUGCCAGACUUCAGUACAGGAGGAAUACGUGGGUAAACCUUUAAUCCAGGUUCUAGACUCGGGUGUUAAUUUUUGCAAUAUCCACCACAGGACCACAGAUGUGGCCAUGUUUAUAACUAUGUUUGGCUGGUUUACUAUGGUGAUAACCUAUGUGGUUUAUUAUGUGAGACACAACCAAGAAGAUGCGAGAAGACAUCUGGAGUACCUUAAGUCAUUGCCCAGCACUCAAAUAACCAAAGACUUUGAUACUAUCAGCACCGUCUUGUAGACAGCUCUAUAAUAAUGGCAUUAGACCAUGUGUUCUGGUUUACUCUAAAAAUAUACUA